UCAAACUUUAUAAAAAGCAGAGUCCGCAGCGACCGUCCUCUCUCGAAUCGAGCGGUGCCUCCAAUCGCAGAUGCCGAGCCGGAGGGCGAUCGAGGUCCGCGCCGGCGACGGGAACUCGCAGAAGUGGCGGGUCUCCCUCUCGGAGGACGCCUUCGACUCGUUCGUCGCGCACGGCGGGGACGCCGCCCGCAAGGUGUUCGGCGAAGGGUCCCUCUUCAGCCCGCUGCUGUUCGGGAAGUUCUUCGACCCCGGCGACGCCUUCCCGCUGUGGGAGUUCGAGGCCGACGCGCUGCUCGCUGGGUUGAGGAACGCGUCGAAGACCGGCGUCGAUUGGUCCGAGACUGACUCCGAGUACGUCCUCAAAGCGGAAUUGCCAGUUGGCGUGAGGAGAUGCGAUGCUGAAGUCUGCGGGCUAAGCACAAAGGUGAUCGAGAUCAGUGGUAUGUGGAAGGGCAAAGAAUCUGAGGCGAGAGACUGGAAGAUGGGCCGCUGGUGGGAGAACGGAUUCGUACGGCGACUCGAGCUGCCGGCCGAUGCAAAUUGGAAGAAGGUGGAGGCAUAUAUUGUUGAUGACAUCCUCCUUGAGAUCAAAAUUCCAAAGAACAGUCCUGAUGGAAACCCGCACUGAGCGGUGGCAAUCUAAUUUAACAGUAGACGUAUCUAAACAUCAACGAGUGGUGUAGAUGAUAAGGAAUGGGCCUUUCAGGGCAUCCGAAAAGAGGAGGAAGGCAAGGCAUGGUGGCUGACCAGAAGAAUAAAGAAGCAGCAAGAAGAUAUGUAAUUGUCUACUACUUUAAUAGAUUUAAUUUAUUAAACACUGAUUUACGAAAUAUUUUUGUGAGUUUUCAGUUAA